CCUAUAGGGUAUAUUCUCAUAUCUACUUCCUUUUAGUUAAAAAAAUAUACCAGUGAACCCAAUCCCCAUUAAUAUAAGAAACCAUAGUUUUCGAACCCUACAAAUAGGCCUUCCUCAUCACUUACCUUUCUCCACAAUAUUCUUGACUGGUUGAGCUACUCUUUACAACCUCCAACUCUCUCUCUCUCCUCUCACUUUCUUUCCCUCCAUGGCCCUUGCCAAGGACCCAAAGCCCUCACAGAUGGGCUUGGUUCAAUCCUCUACAUACUAUAACAACGUGUUUGGAAUUCCAUCAUCAUCAAUUCAACCUUCCAACCAAUCCUCACCGGAGCUCUACGUCUUCGAUGACCACCACAAGGCACCACCACCGCCGAUGAGUCGGUCAUCAUCCCUUUCCAGCUCUAACGGGUACGCCACUGCGUAUCAGCCCGCAGAAACUCACUCUGUGAUCGACUUCAAAACUUCAGGGAUCAACAGUUUCAUGCACAAUAACAACAGUGGAUCUUUUCUUAGUUUCGAGCAAAAUGAUCAACAAGAUGAUUACUCAAUCUGGGAAGACAAUCUCAUUCAUGGUUACCGUCAUGAUCAUCAGCGGCUGUCGCAAGAUUUCAACUGUGUUCAAUCUGCCAGCACUUAUGGAGGGAUGGGAAGUGCUUUGAAAGAAAACCCACAUGGAGGAGAGACAUUUGGGUGGCCGGAGUCGGAAGCAAAUGCAAAUGCGACCAUUAAUGGAACCAUUCAAGAGGUUGGAGCACAAGAAACUUGCUUCAAUAAGCGUCCCCAUGCGGGUGAGAGCAUGCAAGCUCUAAAGAGGCAGUGCAGUGGCAGUGCAACAAGGAAGGCCAAACCAAAGUCAACUCCAUCCAAGGACCCUCAAAGUAUUGCAGCCAAGAAUCGACGGGAAAGGAUUAGUGAGAGGCUAAAGGUACUGCAGGAACUUGUUCCCAAUGGCUCCAAGGUUGAUUUGGUUACAAUGUUAGAGAAGGCCAUAAGUUAUGUGAAGUUUCUUCAAUUACAAGUGAAGGUGCUGGCAACCGAUGAAUUUUGGCCGGUGCAAGGCGGAAAAGCUCCUGAUAUUUCUCAAGUGAAGGAAGCCAUUGAUGCCAUCCUCUCAACUCAAAAGGACAGAAACUCAAGAUCAAAGUGAUUCUUGCAGAAUCCAACUUCUCAAAUAGAGCUAUAGAUAUAAUCAAAAAAUAA